AGCCCGAGCAAGAUGGAGGCCACGCAGAGGACGCCGCCUGGGCCGAGGCAUCCACUGCCUGGAGCACCGAGCCCCGGCGCUUGAGCCCUGCCGGCCCCGGAUCGGCCAUCCCGACCCGGCCCAGCUCCCGCCCCGCAGCCCGGUGGUCCAUCCCGGGCCGGCGGCCCCCUACCAGCAGCCGCCGCCGGCCCCGCCCCCGGGCACCAUGCUGCCCUCGCAGGAGGCCUCCAAGCUCUACCAUGAGCACUACAUGCGGAACUCGCGGGCCAUCGGCGUGCUGUGGGCCAUCUUCACCAUCUGCUUCGCCAUCAUCAACGUGGUGGUCUUCAUCCAGCCCUACUGGGUAGGAGACAGCGUGAGCACCCCCAAGCCUGGCUACUUCGGCCUCUUCCACUACUGCGUGGGCAGCGGGUUAGCGGGCCGUGAGCUCACCUGCCGGGGCUCUUUCACCGACUUCAGCACCAUCCCGUCCAGCGCCUUCAAGGCGGCCGCCUUCUUCGUGUUGCUUUCCAUGGUGCUGAUUCUCGGCUGCAUCACCUGCUUCGCCCUUUUCUUCUUCUGCAACACCGCCACCGUCUACAAGAUCUGCGCCUGGAUGCAACUCUUGGCAGCUCUGUGCCUCGUAUUGGGCUGCAUGAUCUUCCCCGAUGGCUGGGACGCCGAGACCAUCCGGGACAUGUGCGGGGCCAAGACGGGGAAGUACUCCCUGGGGGACUGUUCGGUGCGCUGGGCGUACAUUCUGGCCAUCAUCGGGAUCCUCAACGCGCUCAUCCUGUCCUUCCUCGCCUUUGUGCUGGGCAACCGGCAGACUGACCUGCUGCAGGAGGAGCUCAAACAGGAGAACAAAGAUUUUGUAGGCACUACAGUCAGUUCGGUGUUGCGGCCAGGAGGUGAUGUCUCCGGAUGGGGAGUCCUGCCAUGCCCUGUUGCUCACACACAGGGACCCUGAGAGCCAGGACUGUAGCCCAGGAGUUGGCCCGAUCUCAGCAUCUUUCGUCUGCUGCCCUCUCGUUCCUGCGGUCAAGCUCCGGACCCCAAUCUCUGACUGCACACAACUCCAGACUUUGAAGAGAGGCGGGGGUGGGGUGGCAGCCUGGCUGAAGGCAGAGGCCCUUGAGAUCCUGAGGGAGCCUCAUUCUAGUCCUGCCUCCUAAGGGAGCCUGGCUCUCCCUCUCUGGUCCUUCGGUUUCCUUCUCUCCUGUGUAGACUAGCUGGAGGUCCCUGAGGACCCCCGGGAAAGGAAGCUCUGCAGGGCGGGCUCCUCAGACCCCUUCAGUCUGAAAGGCUGCCUGCUGCGUCCUUGCCUCCCCAGUCCUGGUCUCCUAAAGAGACUCCUUCAAGACACUGCCCCAGGAGGGCCAGACUUUUUCCUACUUUAUUUUUAUUUGCUGAUGAUGGUCCCACCACAUCUGCCACAAAGCUCCAGGUGCCACCAGCCCCACCCACGGGGCCUCUUCUGACUCCCUCAUUCAAGCCUGCACCCAGCUCUCAAAGGAACCGAAGCCGUGCUGAGGGAGAAAAGAUAGGGUCUUCCUUCCCACUGCUGGUAAUCCCUCAUCACCUCAGAGUCUGAGGGGAGAAACAGGCUCUGGAGGCUGUGGGAGGAGGCAGCUGAUCACCGCAGCUGGAGUUUGCCAGUUUCCCAGCCUGGGACUGGCCUGGCCCCUUCUCUACCAGGAUAGCUCAUCAGUGACUGAGCCCUUGACUCUGGCCUGUUUUGUACAGCAUAGACUUCUCGGGCCCAUUGUCAGGGUCGGUGGCUGUGGAGAGGGGGCUCAGAGGUGGAGUUAGGGGAUCCUCUCUCCUCUCGCUUCCUACACCUCGGACAUCUGCCAAAGGCAGGGACUGUCUUGCGUCUUUGAUACUUUUCUGCCUAACUUGAACUUGCAGGUCACCUCUGAACAGGGUACCCUUGUCCCCAUCCCAGGCCCUGUUACCCUGUCCCUGACUCUUUCUCCUCCUUGCCCACUCUCGCCUUGUGAUAUGCCCAGGGUCUGCAACCUCAUGGGCAGUGCUUGGAACUGAGGUGUGUGUGUGUGUGUGCGUGCGUGUGUGUGUGUGUG